GUUUCUCUCAUGGAAAGCUGGAGUCCAUGAAGAAGAUGUUGUUCUGACUCGAGCUCUACUCUAGCAGCUCAGUCUCUCCAGUCUCUCCAGUCUCUCCGGCGUCUCCUGCGUCCCGUGGCCAGCAGGGGGCAACAGAUUACAUUAGCAUGAAGGAGUGGGGUAGGUCAACAUGAGUGAACGCUGUAGUAUUCAGACGGUGCAGAUUACUUGAGAAAUUUGACAAUGAGGGCUCCACGGAACGCAACAGCAGUAGUGCACGCUUAUUUCGUGCUUUUCAGCAGCGUGGAAAUAGCGAGGCCGUUGGUGAAAAACUAACAGGACUAUGAGGACGAGAAACCGAGAGCCAACAGAGACACUAACGUUAGACAAAGGAGAGCUCCAUUUCCAUAAAAACACUCCAUAACGGAGCAAACAAAGCACAACAACUGUUUUGACACUUACAUUGCUGUGUGGUUAUCGACAUAUAAACAGGACAGACCGGACUGAAACCGAGCCUGCGUGGAUCAGCUGGGAAAGAAAACUGGAGUGGUUGAAAUUCACCGAUUUAACGUUACUUCUGAGAAAAUGGGGGAGCAGCCAAUAUUCAGCUUGAAGGCACACGUCUUCCAAAUUGACCCGGCCACUAAACGAAAUUGGAUUCCAGCCAGCAAACACGCCGUCACCGUCUCCUUCUUCUAUGAUGCCGACAGGAGCGUGUAUCGCAUUAUCAGCGUAGGGGGCACUAAGGCGAUUAUCAACAGCACCAUUACACCUAAUAUGACCUUCACAAAAACGUCACAGAAGUUUGGCCAGUGGGCGGACAGCAGGGCCAACACAGUGUAUGGCCUUGGGUUUGCCACUGAGCAGCAGCUUCAGCAGUUUUCAGAGCAGUUUAAAGAGUUUAAGGAGGCUGCACGACUCGUCCGGGAUAAAUCACAGGAGAAGUUUGAGCUGUUGAGUCCUGGCCUAAACAUCUCUUCUCCACAGCUGUCUCAGGUGCUGUCUGAGGACCGUCAGUCUCCUCCAUUGCUUGGUGUCAAUGGCUCCAGUGAGGACAAGUUGUUUCGCAGCAAGAGUGCUGAUAUGGAGGAAUCCACGGAGAAAGAACAGAUAAGGAAGAUGCUUUCUGAAGGGUCGAUAUGCGAGAGAAACUCAGAGGCUGAGCUGUUUUCUCUUCGGGACAGCAACACUAAGCUGGUAGCCGCUCUUCAUGAAGCUAACAGCAGCAUUGACCAAUGGAAAAAACUAUUAGCCGAGUAUCAGGAAGAAACCGAUCGCCUCCGAGAGCAGGUUGCAGAGCUGGAGGCUCAGAGCGGGGUUUCUGCUUCCAGUGAGACGGGCAGCGAGGAGCUCACACAGAAUAUGGCAGAGAUGGAGGCUCUUAUCCGAGCUAAAGAUGAGGAAAUAAAGAUUCUACGAAGCAAGAAACCAGAUUUAAGUGAGCUGGAGAAAGAACGGGAAGAGGCCUGUCAAAGGAUACAGGACCUGGAAGUGAAGAACUCGGAGUUGGAUAAACGAGUACGAACAGCAGAGGGCGCUUUAGCUUCGUCCCAGGAUGCCCGGAGCAGGGCGGAGAGCGCGGUGCAGAAGGUCAUUGAAACUUUAGACGUCAAGAUCUACGACUUGAGCGACCUGCGGCAGAACCUAGCCAAGCUCCUGGAGAAAUGACCACUGCGCUCAGACAAACGUUACAUGGCAAUCAUGAGGUAGAUGAGAACUCGUUCUGUACUGGAAUCUUCCCAAGCUGCACAACUCAACGGUUCGUCACGGUACUAGGCUGGUAGUGAAAACUAGCAUGACUUUAGGACACAUUCAUUCCACAUUCGCUUCCUGAGAGCCGUGGGUGUAUCUUACCAGAUGUUUCUCGCACAGAACUGGGCCUGUUUGCUUGAAAUAGUCACGAGGAAAAUCUUAAACAGACUAGAACUACUUUAGACCUGUUUAUUGCUACUAGAUAACAAUAUAGUUGUUAAGAUCUGUGACUAGUCUUCUAAAUAGAAUAAGACUUUGAACAGAACGUUCUGUAGAUAUAAGCUACCGUUCGAUGUGUUUACCAGUAUUAUUGUUAGAUACAUAACUAGAACUGAAGAAAGAGAAUAUCUCACUAUUUACGGACACCAGCAUGUAUCUGUUAGGACGUUAAGUGAUUUAAAGGCUUAUGGCUCUGCAUUUGACAACUUGAGAAAGCACUAACAAAACGUGAUAUUUCUCUUAGUGACAAACGUGAAUGGUUAAGCUUAACUUCUCUUUUUCAUUAACUCAUUUAUUCAUUAUUUUAACUGGUCUGCUGCAGUCUAAAUAUGUUGGUAGUUAUAAAUCAAAUGCAUUCCUGCAAGGAUCAACUGUUUUGCAGAGUACUUUAAUUUCUUUAAUACUUAACUUUAAUACUUUAGUUCAAAAUGGCACUUCUAAAUGCAACAACCCUUAAGGAAAAACACUUUAGACUUUUUUUUAUAGACCACUAUCGUUUGCAAUACCUCAGCAUGCAUCUUUAUACCAAGCUUUAUAGUAUAUAGUUUUGCUCUUUUAAAAACAUGAACUUUCACUUUAACUGUUGUUUUCAUUUGACCUUGCUUAGACAUUUUCCCUAUAACCUUAAAGACGUUUGCACAUAAUAUGCUAUUUUUCUAUUGUGUGCCUGUUGUUGUUGGUUUUAUAUGAAUUCCCAAUAAACAUAUUUGCUUCAUGUGUAUAGUCCUUUAACCAUUCUUUCACAAGCCUAAAACCCUU